GGACGCAUUCGGAACAUCGGCGGCUGCCCGGGUGACUCGGUUAUAUGUCACAGGAUAACAUUCGAGAAUGGGACAUGGAAUGAGGCGACGGCCGCAGCAAACCCCAGCAGCCCCAGCCCCAGCCCCAGGCCCAGCAGCAGCAGCAGCCUCAGCCGCAGCCCCCGUUGUCCCGCCGCCCGGAGAGGCUCUGCAGCCAUGAAGCGGACCGUCCCGAGGCACCGCCGGUAGGCAGGGAGCCUCGGAGGAGCUCCUGCCGCCGCUCCCUCUUGGCGCGUCCUGCCGCAGCGAAAGGCAUGGAGAAGGCCGCCCCUGCGGGGCGCUGAUCCCUGCGCCGCGCCCGCGCGCACACGCCCCCCGCAGCAGCCGCCACCGCGCGCCCCCAGCACCUCGCUCCCCGCCCAGGCCCCACCAUGACCGGCUCCGCGGCUGACACUCACCGCUGCCCCCACACCAAAGGCGCCAAAGGCACCCGGUCCAGGAGCAGCCACGCGCGGCCGGUGAGCCUCGCCACCAGCGGGGGCUCGGAGGAGGAGGACAAAGACGGUGGAGUGCUGUUCCACGUUAACAAGAGCGGCUUCCCCAUCGACAGCCACACCUGGGAGCGCAUGUGGAUGCACGUGGCCAAGGUGCACCCCAAGGGGGGAGAAAUGGUGGGCGCCAUCAGGAAUGCCACCUUCUUGGCAAAGCCUUCAAUACCCCAGGUCCCAAACUACAGGCUGUCUAUGACGAUCCCAGACUGGCUCCAGGCGAUCCAGAAUUACAUGAAAACACUACAAUACAAUCACACAGGGACCCAGUUCUUUGAAAUUAGGAAAAUGAGACCGCUGAGUGGGUUAAUGGAAACAGCAAAAGAAAUGACCCGAGAGUCCUUGCCUAUCAAAUGCCUUGAAGCUGUCAUCCUGGGCAUCUACUUAACCAAUGGACAGCCUUCCAUUGAGCGGUUCCCCAUCAGCUUUAAAACCUACUUCUCAGGAAACUGCUUUCACCAUGUUGUGCUGGGGAUUUACUGCAAUGGCCGCUAUGGCUCACUGGGCAUGAGCCGAAGGGCUGAGCUGAUGGACAAGCCGUUGACCUUUCGGACUCUGAGUGACCUCAUCUUUGACUUUGAGGACUCCUACAAGAAAUACCUUCACACAGUCAAGAAGGUCAAGAUUGGGCUGUACGUCCCCCAUGAGCCUCAUAGCUUCCAGCCCAUUGAGUGGAAGCAGCUGGUCCUCAACGUCUCAAAGAUGCUGAGGGCUGACAUAAGGAAGGAGCUGGAGAAAUACGCCAGAGACAUGAGAAUGAAGAUCCUGAAACCUGCAAGUGCCCACUCUCCGACCCAAGUGAGAACCCGGGGAAAAUCCCUGUCCCCCAGAAGGAGACAGGCAAGCCCCCCAAGAAGGCUCGGCAGGCGAGACAAGUCGCCUGCACUGCCUGAAAAGAAGGUGGCUGAUCUGAGCACUCUGAAUGAAGUAGGCUAUCAAAUCCGAAUUUAGCCAAGCCAUACUGGCCAGCAAGAGGGUUUCGGUGGUGCUUCUCUCCGCACUUUACCCAGCAUCUUCAGGAGGAACUGCAACUAUUUAUUAAGAACUUAUGAAUUUUAUUUUUAAGGAUUCGCCUGGAAAUAGAAUCUGAGUGGGUGGUAGCCAUUAGCUUUAAAAAAUUUACUAAGAGGCACCAUGACAAGGCUGAAGUAAUAAACCCCACUGGGGUUGGACUGUGUCCCUCACUCAAGAUCUUAAGGAUAACAACCAUAACUGUCGUUUUAUAUUUUUCCAUUUACCUACUUUCUUUUACUUGCUUUGAACAUUAUGCCUCGCCGAUAGUAAACGUUCAUGAAAUAAUCUCUUGAACUUUUGGUAUAGUAAGGUGGCUCAAACAGUAUCACUGUCUUUUUCAGCAAUAACAGAAAGCAAAAAUGGGUGGGUUUUUUUAAGCAGUUAAUAUUACCUCAGCAUUUUGACAUCAGAUAUGCAAACUUAACGGUGGUUUUUGUUUUUUUAUAUUCUAUUUGUAUUCUUUCCCCAGCAUUUCCCAUGGGGAUCUCCACAAGCUUGGAGUAUUUCCUGGUGUACACACAUGAUGAGAUUUAAGGUGUUAUAUGCAAGUGUUUUACUAAAAAGCACUGAAAUUCUUCUGGCAAUACAAGAACCAUUUUCAGGAUCUUGGAGUUACUUCCUCCUUAAUCUUUUUUAAGGCAUUCACUGAUGUUUUUGUUUUUUUAAAACGAAACAAAAAUAUCACAUUGAGAAGCUAGUCUAUGUUCUGUCACUAACAUUUAAGCUUUGCAGAAUCUAGCAAAAAGCACAAGAGGUCAUGCACUAUUACACAAAUUUAGCAGUACUGGAUUACCUCUGACAGUAACACACUCAGGCAAAGAGACCAGGAGUGAUCAGCAGGUCUUCAGAACCAAAUAACCUUUCUGUUCACAUUUCAUCUGAUUUUUAACUGAGGCAGGCUUUGAUUCUCCUGAAGGACACAAAGAAUCAAACUAAGGGAGGGCUCAAUGUUGUUAAAGAUGUGUUCUGAUGUCUUAUAUUAAGACCAAAUGUGACAUGAUGUGAUGAUCUUCCAGUACCUUGCUUUUAGGUACCAUUUCAUGAUAUUUUAGGAACAAAUAUUGGAAAAUAUAAUGAAUUAGAAAAGCAGAACUUUUUGUUUUAAUGGAAAAGUCUUCCGGUCUAGUGUUACACCUUAUAGUGUGAUUCAGUCCCUAAGCACAGAAUGAAUGUCUGGCCUGCAUAUGGUAGUUACAGUGUAACCUCUGGCUGCAGACCACACAGGACAGCCCUAACAGCAUAGUCUUGUAUGGUAUAAAUAUCAAGAGUACAGCUUCAAUUUCAUUUGCUUUAUCUUAGCAAUAAUGCCAACUCAUGAGACCAAAUUGCCGACUUAAGUGAAGUCUGGGAGUCAACAAAUGUUUUUUCAGUCUCAGUGCAUCUCCUCUGGCUUUGACUGAAGGUAUUUAUAAGAAGGGAGUUAAAAAAAAAUCUGCUUAUUGAGAUUCUUUACCAAUUCUUUACAAGAUUUCUGGAGAUUACAUGGAAAACAAAAGGACUUCAUCCUUCAGCUAUGUGCACAAGAGCUUACUUCACCCUAAAAAUCAAUAUUAUUAAUGAAAAGUACUGUUUUCUUAAAAAAAGAAGUCUAAUGUCCUUUAGAUGAACAAGACCAACUAUACAUCUCCAUUUGAUUAAAAUGCAGCACAGGCUGGGCGCCGUGGCUCACGCCUGUAAUCCCAGCACUUUGGGAGGCCAAGGUUGACGGAUCAUGAGGUCAAGAGAUCGAGACCAUCC